AUGUCAUCUGUGGGGUCACACCAGGAACAAUUGUCCCAGUCAGAUCCAUCCCCAUCACCAAACUCAUGUAGUUCCUUUGAGCUACUAGACAUGGAUGCUGGCAGUUUGUAUGAACCAGUUUCUCCUCAUUGGUUCUAUUGUAAAAUAAUAGAUUCUAAGGAGACAUGGAUUCCUUUUAACUCUGAGGAUUCACAGCAGCUGGAAGACGCCUAUGGUUCUGGAAAAGAUUGCAAUGGCAGAGUUGUCCCCACUGAUGGGGGCAGAUAUGAUGUGCAUUUGGGGGAGAGGAUGCGGUACGCUGUAUACUGGGAUGAGCUAGCAUCAGAAGUGAGACGAUGUACCUGGUUUUACAAGGGAGACAAAGAUAAUAAGUAUGUUCCCUACUCUGAGAGCUUCAGCCAAGUAUUAGAGGAAACUUACAUGCUUGCUGUAACUCUGGAUGAAUGGAAAAAGAAACUGGAGUCUCCUAACAGAGAAAUUAUUAUAUUACACAAUCCAAAGCUUAUGGUGCAUUACCAGCCAGUUGCAGGGUCUGAUGAAUGGGGUUCAACACCCACUGAACAGGGUCGACCAAGAACAGUGAAGAGAGGGGUUGAGAACAUCUCUGUUGACAUUCAUUGUGGAGAACCUUUACAAAUAGAUCACUUGGUUUUUGUAGUCCAUGGGAUUGGACCAGCUUGUGAUCUCCGCUUUCGAAGCAUUGUACAGUGUGUUAACGAUUUUCGCAGUGUUUCCUUAAAUCUACUACAGACACAUUUUAAGAAAGCCCAAGAAAAUCAGCAGAUUGGGAGGGUAGAAUUUCUUCCAGUCAACUGGCAUAGUCCUUUGCAUUCUACUGGUGUGGAUGUAGAUCUGCAGCGAAUAACUCUGCCCAGCAUUAACCGCCUAAGGCACUUCACCAAUGACACAAUUCUGGAUGUCUUCUUCUACAAUAGCCCCACCUACUGUCAGACUAUUGUGGACACAGUUGCUUCUGAAAUGAACCGAAUAUAUACACUUUUUCUGCAGAGGAACCCUGAUUUCAAAGGCGGUGUAUCCAUUGCUGGUCAUAGUUUAGGUUCGCUUAUAUUGUUUGAUAUCCUAACAAAUCAGAAAGAUUCUUUGGGGGAUAUUGACAGUGAAAAGGAUGCACCAAAUAUUGUCAUGGAUCAAGGAGACACACUGACACUAGAGGAAGAUUUGGAGAAACUUCAACUCUCUGAAUUCUUUAGUAUCUUUGAGAAGGAGAAAGUAGAUAAGGAAGCGCUGGCUUUAUGUACCGACAAAGAUCUUCAGGAAAUGGGAAUUCCCCUAGGACCAAGAAAGAAGAUAUUAAACUACAUUAGGACCAGAAAAAAAUCAACGGGUAUUAAUAGACCAAUCCUGCAGCCAGCUUCAGGGGUGAAUAUAUCUAACAUCCCCAAAGAAUUGGAGUUUUGCAAUAAAACAGACUCUACUGGAAAUGGUGACUAUCUGGAUGUUGGCAUUGGGCAGGUGUCUGUAAAAUACCCCCGACUCAUCUAUAAACCAGAGAUAUUUUUUGCCUUUGGCUCGCCCAUUGGAAUGUUCCUUACCGUCCGAGGACUAAAAAGAAUUGAUCCCAACUAUAAAUUUCCAACAUGCAAAGGUUUCUUCAAUAUUUAUCACCCUUUUGAUCCUGUGGCCUAUAGGAUUGAACCGAUGGUGGUCCCAGGAGUGGAAUUUGAGCCAAUGCUGAUUCCACACCAUAAAGGCAGGAAGCGGAUGCACUUAGAACUGAGAGAGGGCUUGACCAGGAUGAGUAUGGACCUUAAGAACAACUUGUUAGGUUCACUGCGGAUGGCCUGGAAGUCUUUCACCAGAGCUCCAUACCCUGCCUUACAAGCUUCAGAAACUGCAGAAGAAACUGAAGCAGAAUCGGAAUCGAGUUCAGAGAAGCUAAGUGAUGUUAACACAGAAGAGGCCUCUGUGGCCGUUAAAGAAGUUCCACCCAUCAAUGUGGGAAUGCUGAAUGGAGGCCAACGCAUUGACUAUGUGCUACAAGAGAAGCCCAUUGAAAGUUUUAAUGAAUAUUUAUUUGCUUUGCAAAGCCAUCUAUGCUACUGGGAGUCUGAAGAUACCGUAUUGCUGGUCCUCAAAGAAAUCUACCAAACCCAGGGCAUCUUCCUUGAUCAGCCUUUACAGUAA